AUGGAGGCCGCAAACAUAUCGCCGCCUCAAUCGACCAGGACGGUGGUUAUUUUUGGUGAUAUCACAGACCCGUGGGCUGACGGCUUGGAUCAGCUCUAUAAGCAGGCCGUCUCGACGCCAUGGCUCAAGUCAUUCUUGGAUGAGUUGGCUGGGGUAGUCAGGUUGGAAGCCAAAUCCGUCUUCCUGGACCGUGCUUUGCAAGAUAGCCUUGGUCAUUUCUCCUCCCUCGCUGAACUGGGCGGGAAAUAUCGACAUGCAACCGAUGAUUUCGGCCUAGCCAGAGCUAUCCUUCUUCACACGGUCAGAGCAGGCUUUCUUCUGCAAUGGGCUCAGCGAGAGCCUCACCUUCUCGGGCCAGACGCACCGACCGAAUGGCUUGGUCUUUCUGGAGGCCUGCUUACAGCUUCAGCGCUCGCCGUCGCCGACACUUUUGAGACACUGUACGACGCAUUGCUGCAGACAGCCCGGCUGGUUGUCAGGGUCUGCAAGGUCGCCAGCGUGAGAUCCCGGGCCGUGGAAGACCAACCCGGGGCAUGGGGCUGGGCCGUAUUGGGCAUUGCGUCCGACGAGCUCAGGAAAGCUCUGGGCCAGUUCCAGCAGGAUGCCGGUAUUCCUGCCUCCAGGCGAGCCAAGGUGGGCGUCACAGGAAAUGGAUGGAGCACUGUCAUUGGACCACCGUCAGUGUUGAAACUUUUCUUCCAACAGUGUCCUGUAGUGCGCGACCUUGCACACAACCCUGUGGAGAUCAAGUCCCUCCAACACACGUUGGCGAUAUCGGCUGCCGAGAUCCACGCUAUGGUUGGUGACGAUGCAGCUAUGUUGGAGAGACCUCUCCGUUGCCCAAACCAUGCUAUUUGGGGCAUGGAUGAUCCGGAGGCCCUAUAUCCCACAUGGGGCGACUUGCUCAGGGCUGUGUGCGACCAGGUUCUGGCUCGUCCUUUGGACAUAACACACGUCGUGGGCAGUCUCGUCUCCAGGUCAGACGGCUUGGACACUGUAAGGAUUAUCCAACCAGGGUCUUGCAGCCAUGCCCCUUAUCUUGCCACUGCACUCAAGGCGGCAGGAAGGAAUGUCUUGGUUCGACACCAACACUCCCUUCUCGAUGGGGAUGACACCGGACCCUCGUUGAUGGCCGGCCGCAUUGCCAUUGUGGGAAUGGCUGGGCGAGGCCCCAAAAGUGACAAUGUUGACCAGUUCUGGGAGGUCAUCAUGUCCAAGCAGGAUACGUGCACAGAGAUUCCAAAAGACCGCUUCGACAUAGACGACUACUAUUGUCCGGCACACGAGCGUGGCGACCAACGAUGCAAAAUGGAGACCAGACAUGGGUGCUUCAUGGACAACCCCGGACACUUCGAUUCCCGCUUUUUCCAUGUUUCACCAAGAGAGGCACUCUUGAUGGAUCCGAACCACCGCCAAUUCUUAAUGAGCACCUACGAAGCCCUGGAGAUGGCAGGCUACUCGGACGGACAGACCAGAACAACCGAUCCCAACCGCAUUGCGGCUUUCUAUGCCCAGGCCACCGAUGACUGGCAUAAGCAGACUCACCCUACCCUGGGGUGUGAUUCAUAUACGCUCCAGGGCAUCCAGCGUGCCUUCGGGGCUGGCCGCCUGGCCUUCUCCUUCAAAUGGGAAGGUCCAACCUACUCUCUUGACUCUGCAUGCGCAGGAACUACAGCCUGUGUCCAUCUGGCCUGCAUGAGCUUUUUAUCAAAUGACAUUGACAUGGCCAUUGCUGGCGCGGCAAAUAUCCUGAACUGGCCGCAUUCCUUCACUUGUCUCGAUGACUCAGGCAUCCUGUCCCAUACAGGCAAUUGCAAACCGUUCCGUGACGAUGCUGACGGCUACGCCCGCGCUGACUUCGUCGGCGCUGUGGUGCUCAAGCGACUUCAGGACGCAGUGGCACAUAAUGACAACAUCCUCGCAGUGGUGGCCUCCUCUGGCAGAAACCAUUCCGGCAAUUCAACUUCCAUCACCACCUCGGACGGUGGUGCGCAAGAGAGGCUUUUCCGCAAAAUCAUGCGAAAUGCGCAAGUCACCCCGGACGACAUUUCUUACGUCGAGAUGCACGGCACGGGUACUCAGACUGGCGAUCCUGCAGAGGUGGGUGCUGUUUCCAACACCUUCAAGCACAGGCGCCCUACUCUGGGCCCUGUAUUUAUUGGAGGGGUCAAGGCAAAUGUUGGUCACGGCGAAGCCGCAGCUGGCAUGGCCGAACUACUCAAGAGUAUCAUGAUGUUUAAGCACGACAUCAUUCCACCACAAGCAGGCAUGCCCCAUGCCUUGAAUCCCAAAUUUCCACCGCUCAAGGAUCUCAAUAUUGAUAUUCCUUCCGAGCCGCGGGAGUUCAAGAAGCACGCCAACAAGCCGAGGCGCAUUCUUCUCAACAACUUUGAUGCAGCAGGUGGCAAUGCUUGCCUGCUUUUGGAAGAUUAUCAUGGCCACAACCCAAAAAGGACAAUUGUUGACCCCCGGAACGCGCACGUUGUUGCAGUUUCAGCCAGAACAAAAGCCGCGUUCGAGGCGAACAAGCGCAAACUGGCCGAGUUCUUGCGAGCGAACCCAGCCACGAGGCUCCAAGACGUUGCAUAUACGACGACUGCCAGGAGAAUGCAACAUCCUCUGAGGUUUGCAACGCCUGCGACGUCCAUCCACGAGUUAAUCACAAAGCUUGAGAGAACCGAGCCUGCCUCCUCUGCGUCAAAGUCGCAAGUUGUCUUAGUCUACACUGGUCAGGGAUCGCACUAUGCCGGUAUGGGGGCCGAGCUGUACCGUACGAGUUCCGUCUUUCGCGACACAAUCGACCUGUGCGCGGCUAUCUGCGAGAACAACGGAUUCCCAUCUUUCCUGGACAUUAUUACCGACAAUAGGACUGACGUCUCCACCAAAGACGCUGCCCAAAUUCAGCUCGCCGUUGUCGCUCUCGAGAUUUCCCUUACUGCCUUCUGGCGAUCAGUCGGCCUUGAAGCUGCGAUGGUUAUGGGUCACAGUCUUGGGGAAUAUGCCGCCUUGCAUGCUGCUGGAGUACUGUCGCUGGCAGAUACUUUAUACCUCGUCGGGAAACGCGCCCUCAUGCUGCUGGAGCGAUGCGAAGCUGGUUCCUGUGCGAUGCUUGCAUUGUCGACUUCAGCCGCAACAGUGCAACAUCAUCUCGCGCAGAACCCAGCCUCAGCCUGUGCUGUGGCUUGCAUCAACAGUCCCAAGGCCACUGUCAUUAGCGGAACACUUGAGGAUUUGGAAGAGUUCCGGGCACGGAUCACAGGGCAAGAUGCGAAGAUUCGCGGGACCGUCUUAUCGAUUCCAUUUGCAAUGCACUCGUUCCAAAUGGAUCCCAUCUUACGAGAUUAUUCAAGUCUCGCAGGCGGCGUCACGUACUCGGCACCCAAGAUUCCCGUGGCGUCGACGCUCCUGGCAUCCAUUGUCAGCUCGCCGAACGUCUUCAACCAGGACUACCUGGCACAGCAGACUCGUCAACCGGUUGACUUUGCUGGUGCGCUCAAAGCCGUGGGCUCCAAGCUCAAGGACCCAGUCUGGCUUGAGAUCGGCCCAGGACCAGUUUGCACAUCUUUUGUACGCGCCACUCUCUCCCCACCUGGGACAAAAUGCUUGCACAGCAUAGAUGCCAGCAGCAGCAACUGGAUGUCAAUCUCCCAAAGCCUCUCGUUGGCUUACAUGACUGGAGUCGAGGUUGACUGGCUUGCCUUCCACCAGCCCUAUGAAAGUUGCCUGCAGUUAUUGACACUUCCACUUUACACAUGGGACAUGAAGGACUACUGGAUGACUUUCGAGGAAGACCGCCGUAUUGAAGACGUUACUGAAGAGUCCAAGCCUGAGGUGGCUGCCGCACCAUUUAUUGCGACCUCUUACUUUCCGCGCCGCUAUCUCCACCCUGCCUUCCUGGGGCUCAUUGACGGUCACAGAAUGCAACAAAUUGGCCUCGCUUCUGGUAGUGUCUUCUGUGAUGCGGCAUUGAGCGCGGCCAAGUAUACCAUUGAGUAUAGUGGCAGGAAAGGCAUCACGGCGCGCAAUUUGACUGUCCAUGACCCCGAGCUGCUGGCUCCCUUGACAAGGAGUCUCGUUGGAGUUGACGGUGAGCUCCUCACUACGGCUACCAUGGGCAAUGAAUCUUCAAGUGUCGUCAAUGUCACCUUCGAGGCUAAAUCGGCGAAAGGCGCAUCUCACAACCUUGGCUCCAUGAGGGUUGAGAUCAGCAACCCACAAGAAACUCAGGCGGUCUGGGAUCGAAUGUCCUACUUCAUCAAAGCCAAAGCCGAUGAAAGAAUCAACGCCUCCAAACAGGGGUUUGGUCACAGAAUACAGCCGGAAGUCUUCUAUGCCCUGUUUUCUAAUGCGGUCGAGUUCGACCCGGCCUUCCAGGGUGUCCAAGAGGCGUACCUUGCCAAAGACUUCCAGGAGGCGGCAGCAAUCGUGUGUCUGAAGGAAGAUCCUGCCGGAAGCAACUUCACUUUCUCUCCCUACUGGAGCGAGGCUCUUGCACACCUGGCUGGCUUUAUGGUCAACGGCAAUCCCAACAAAUCUUCCCGCACCACCUUCAUCGUCAUGGGCUUUGAGAGCGUCGAGCAGACCAUCGAUUUCGAACCUGGUAAGACUUACUUGACGUACACUCGCAUCAACAGAUGGGAGAAGGAUACGGCAUUCUGCGAUGCUUAUGUCUUUGACUACGAGACUUCCAGACUGGUCAUGCAGUGCAUCAACCUACGGUACCAGGAGCUUCCUAAAGUUGUGUGGAAGACUAUCCUCGAAGGACAUCAUCCAGGUGGGUCGAAAGAAAACACAGCUGCACCACGCAAAGCCCCUACACAAGGGAACAAGAAGGCUGAAGCCGCUCCUGUCUCAAAACCAAGCGAAAGGCCGGCAACCAAGUUACAGCAUCCCCAACAGUCCCAACAGCCCCAGCAGCAAGCAGCCUCUUCUGGUGGGGGCUUCUUCCAGCUUCUCGUAGAAAGCAUCGCAAAGUCGACCGGUGUAGACGCCUCGGAGCUCACACCAGAUAUGCAACUCGCCGAUCUUGGCGUCGACUCGAUCAUGUCUAUUGAGGUGGCCUCCAUGGUAAGAGCCAAAACAGGCAAAGAGAUACCUGCAACAUUCGUCUUGGAGUACCCCACUGUAGGCGAUCUACUCGCCGAAUUUGGCGAUGAACCGGCCAACCCGAGCUCCCCUGAGUCUCCAGCAGCCCAGCCGGAGCCGGAGCCGGAGCCAGAGCCAGCAUCGUCCACUUCCAGUGCUCAGCACCCCACUACGACAAGCUCGAGCUCGAGCUCAAGCUCAGUCAACACACCUGCAUCAUCCUUUGUAAAGAUCGAGAAGCCCAUAGCAACACCAAACAACGAAGCGGCUACCCAGCGCCCGGAGACGCAGCCUCCCCAUGACAACUCCCCUCUCCCUAGUGUCAGGAUCACGUUGCUCAAGGGUCGGCCCGGAAACGGCAAGACACCGUUGUACUUGAUGGCUGAAGGGACAGGGUCGAUCGCAACGUACAUUCACCUACCGGCAUUCAAGUCCAAGCUACCCGUGUACGGGGUUGACUCACCGUUCCUUCGUUGUCCAUCGAGAUUGACACCUGAAGUCGGCAUGGAGGGAGUGGGCAAGUACGUCGUCGACGCGCUGGUGACGGCCCAGCCUACCGGUUCAUUUAUGAUUGGUGGCUUUUCUGCCGGCACCAUAGUGGCCUACGAGGUUGCUCGACAGCUGUUACAAAGAGGCCGCAAGGUCGAUGGAUUGUUGCUCGUAGACGUGUGCUGUCCACGACCGGCGACCGGAGUCACUCUUACCGAGGAAGAAGUGAACCAUGAGACAGAUGUCGGCAUCGCCGUUUUCGGUGCUGCUGCUGCCGCCGGGGAUGAUUCGGGGAUGUGGUCCUCGACACAGGUGAGUCGAGACCAUCUCCGUGCAUACCUUGUCGCUAUGAGGUUAUACCAUCCACCAGCCAUGAAGCCCAACGAGCGACCUGGUGCAACAGCCAUCAUUUGGGCCGAGAGAGGCAUGGUGAGACGCGUCCAGAGCGACCCCAACUCAAUGAAACUCCUGCAGGAGGCCGGUAUCCCUCUCAAAGCCUACCCGGGCUUUAUGGAGGACCCGAGACUGGGGCCGUUUGCUUGCUUCAUACCUGACAAGACUGAAGCAGACCUCGGCCCCAACGGAUGGGACAGAUAUGUUGGCGACCUCUUGUGUCUCCACGUGGACGCCGACCAUUUGGAUAUGCCGAUGCCGAACCAUGUUCAUAAAAUGCAUGAAGAGAUGGAGAAGGCCUUGGCUCAUUUUGGUCACGCCCACCCUAGGAAGUGA